UGGCAACAAAUAAUAUACAUAACAGAACUUUACCAAAACCUGCCAUCUCUACACAGAACGUGUGCGUAUCUACUCCACGUUUCACUUUAUUCUGUUGCCACGUCAUCAAUCAAAUCCUCAACUAUUUUCCAUUUAAACCUCCAAAAAAAAAAAGAUUCAAAUUAUACUCGCAGAAAAAAAACAAAGAAACAUAGCUAAUGGCAUUAGAAUGGGUAAUUCUAGGCUAUGCUGCAGCAGCAGAAGCAGUUAUGGUACUACUUUUGACUCUUCCGGGUACAUAUCCGUUACGUUCAGGUUUACUAUCCGUAACUCGAAAUCUCCUAAAACCAUUUCUUUCUGUAGUUCCGUUUUGUUUGUUUUUGUUGUUGGAUAUUUAUUGGAAGUACGAGACUCGGCCGAAGUGUAAAUCGGCCGAGUCUUGUACUCCCACGGAGCUGAUGAGGCAUCAGAAAUCGAUGGUGAAGAGCCAGCGUAACGCGCUGUUGAUCGCGUCAGCGUUGAUGUUUUACUGGCUGCUUUAUUCGGUGACUAGGUUGGUUACUCGCGUGGAACUAUUGAAUCAACGGGUUGAAAAGUUGAAGAAUCAAGAAUAAUAUUUAAGAUCACAAAAUAGGAGUUAAAUUAAGUAGUUGUUUUUUUUUUUUGAGUAUUUCGUGUUUGGUUUCUCUGUAAUGUAUUGCAAAGUUUUAUGAGUAUGGAGUAGUUAUUCUGUUAAUAAUUGUUUAUG